UCAAAAGAGUCCACUUCUCAGUGACUGCUCACUGGGAACCGGCUGUGUUAAGAGGGCAACCAGUCAAUAUGAUUCUUCUUGCUGUGCUUUUUCUCUGCUUCAUUUCCUCAUAUUCAGCUUCUGUUAAAGGUCACACAACUGGUCUCUCAUUAAAUAAUGACCGGCUAUACAAACUCACGUACUCCACUGAAGUUUUUCUUGAUCGGGACAAAGGAAGCCUCCAAGACAGUGUGGGCUACCGAAUUUCAUCCAGUGUGGACGUUGUCUUGCUGUGGAGGAAUCCUGAUGGUGAUGAUGACCAACUGAUCCAAAUCACGAUGAAGGACGUAAAUGUUGAAAGUGUAAAUCAGCAGAGAGGAGAGCAGAGCAUUUUCAAAGGAAAAAGUCCACCCAAAAUCAUAGGAAAGGAGAACCUGGAAGCUUUACGAAGACCUGUGCUCCUUCAUCUAAUCCAUGGAAAGGUCAAAGAGUUCUACUCAUAUCAAAAUGAGCCAGUGGCCAUAGAAAAUCUCAAGAGAGGCCUGGCUAGCCUAUUUCAGAUGCAGUUAAGCUCUGGAACCACCAAUGAGGUAGAUAUCUCUGGGGAUUGUAAAGUGACUUACCAGGCUCAUCAAGACAAAGUGACAAAAAUUAAGGCCUUGGAUUCAUGCAAAAUAGAGAGGUCUGGAUUUACAACCCCAAAUCAGGUCUUGGGUGUCACUUCAAAAGCUACAUCUGUCACUACCUAUAAGAUAGAAGACAGCUUUGUUGUAGCUAUGCUUGCAGAAGAGACACAUGCUUUUGGGCUGAACAGUCUACAAACCAUUUCAGGGAAAAUAGUAUCAAAGCAGAAAUUAGAGCUAAGGACAACUGAAGAAGGCCCGAGACUGAAGCCUGGAAAGCAGGUUGCAGCCAUAAUUAAAGCAGUUGAUUCCAAGUAUGUGGCCCUUCCCAUUGUGGGACAGGUCUUCCAGAGUAAAUGCAAAGGAUGCCUUUCUCUCUCAGAGCAUUGGCAUUUCACCAGAAAACACCUGCAGCCUGACAACCUCUCCAAAGCUGAGGCUGUCAGAAGCUUCCUGGCCUUCAUUCAGCACCUCAGGACUGCGAAGAAAGAAGAGAUCCUCCAAAUCCUAAAGGCUGAAAACAAGGAAGUACUACCUCAGCUGGUGGAUGCCGUCACCUCUGCUCAGACUCCAGACUCAUUAGAUGCCAUUUUGGACUUUUUGGAUUUCAAAAGUGACAGUAGCAUUAUCCUCCAGGAGAGAUUUCUCUAUGCCUGUGGAUUUGCCUCCCAUCCCAGUGAAGAACUCCUGAGAACCCUCAUUAGUAAGUUCAAAGGUUCCUUUGGGAGCAAUGACAUCAGAGAAACUGUCAUGAUCGUCAUUGGGGCCCUCGUCAGGAAGCUGUGUCAGAAUGAAGACUGCAAACUCAAAGCUGUGGUAGAAGCCAAGAAGUUAAUCCUGAGAGGACUUGAAAAAGCAGAGAAAAAAGAAGACACCAUGAUGUACCUGCUGGCGCUGAAGAACGCCCUGCUCCCAGAAGGCAUCCCUCUCCUUCUGAAGUACGCCGAGGCGGGGGAAGGCCCUGUCAGCCACCUUGCUACCAGCACUCUCCAGAGAUUCGAUGUCCCUUUCAUAACUGCUGAGGUGAAGAAGACUUUAAACAGGAUAUACCACCAGAAUCGUAAAGUUCAUGAGAAGACCGUGCGCACUGCGGCAGCUGCUGUCAUUUUAAAUAGCAAUCCAUCCUACAUGGAAGUGAAAAACAUCCUGCUGUCUAUUGGGGAGCUUCCCAAAGAAAUGAAUAAAUACAUGCUCUCCAUUGUUCAAGACAUCCUACGUUUUGAAAUGCCUGCAAGCAAAAUGGUCCGUCGAGUUCUGAAGGACAUGGUUGCUCAUAAUUAUGACCGUUUCUCCAAAACUGGAUCUUCUUCUGCCUAUACUGGCUACAUGGAACGUAGUCCCCAUUCGGCAUCUACUUACAGCCUUGACAUCCUUUACUCUGGUUCUGGCAUUCUAAGGAGAAGUAACCUGAAUAUCUUUCAGUACACUGGGAAGGCUCAUCUUCACAGCAGCCAGGUAGUCAUUGAAGCGCAAGGACUGGAGGCCUUAAUUGCAGCCACUCCUGACGAGGGGGAGGAGAACCUUGACUCCUACGCCGGCAUGUCAGCCAUCCUCUUUGAUGUUCAGCUCAGACCUGUCACUUUUUUCAAUGGAUACAGUGAUUUGAUGUCCAAAAUGCUGACAACAUCCAGUGACCCAAUCAGUGUGGUGAAAGGACUUAUUCUGCUAAUAGACCAUUCCCAGGAGCUUCAGUUGCAAUCUGGACUAAAGGCCAAUAUGGAGGUCCAGGGUGGUCUCGCCAUUGAUAUUUCAGGGGCAAUGGAGUUUAGUCUGUGGUAUCGUGAGUCUAAAACUCGGGUGAGCAAUCGGGUGGCUCUGGUAAUAACUGGUGACAUCACCGUGGACUCUUCUUUUGUGAAAGCUGGCCUGGAAGUCAGUGCAGAAACAGAAGCAGCCAUGGAGUUUAUCUCCACAGUACAGUUUUCUCAGUACCCAUUCUUAGUUUGCAUGCAGAUGGACAAGGAUGGAGCACCGUUCAGGCAAUUUGAGACAAAGUAUGAAAGGCUGUCCACAGGCAGAGGUUAUAUCUCUCGGCGAAGAAAAGAAAGGCUGGUGGCAGGAUCUGAAUUCCCGCUCCACCAAGAGAACUCUGAGAUGUGCAAGGCGGUGUUUGCCCCUCAACCUGAGAGUAAUUCCAACAGUUGGUUUUGAACUGAUGGGUGCUGUUGGCUUGAACCUGUUUCCCCAGAAGGGAUACAAUGUGACAUGCCGGAGUACUUGCUCUCUGAGAGCACAGUGUUUACAUAUUUACCUGUAUUUAAGAUUUUUGUAAAAAGCUGUAAAAAACCUCAAAUAGUUAAAUUUGGGCCUAUUCAGUAUACUCCCUACGGUGUCAAUUUUGAGCCAACGUACGUGACACUUUUAGCAACGAUCCUAGUUUUCGGGUACCUCUCUCGGAUCCCAUUUGAUACAGUGAGAAUCAUUCUGCCCUAAGAAGAAACUAUUGUUUAUGAAAAAACAAAGCAAAACAUGCCAUACUCACAAGAACCCAAUUUUGUUUCAGCAAUUUUCAAUCAGUGCGUAUGAAGCCCUUGAUAGAACCUUAAAUGUGGAUUGUUUCUACCAAACAUGUUGCCCAAUCAGGAAAAAAAAGACCUUUUUUUCUUCUUUUUUGGGAGGGUAGGAGCAGGGGACAAGACUUUUUAAAGCCUUUUGUCAGCCAACUUCAAGAAUUAAUAUUUAUCUCUUCUAUUGUUAGUUUUACUAAGCAUUGAGAUAGAAGGUGCGCAGAAUUAGAACAUACCAUCGCAUCUUUCUGCAGACCACAGAGUUAGAUUGCUAAAAGAAAGCAUUCAGUCCUCUGCCUUCUGCCCUACAAAAAUAGUGAGCUUAGCACAUAAGAAUCAGAGACAUUAAUUUCAGAAGCUCCAUUUGAUUUUUUUUGUGCUGUGUCUUUUUGACACUGUCCUUUAUAAGGGAUGUCUUCAUAUAUUCAUCAUUUUACCUUUCAUUCUAUUGUUUUGUGGUGGAAAUUCUAAUCUGUUUGACUACAAUCAUACAAAAGCCAGAAUAGCUGAGAGAAUUUCAGCCAAAGAGAAUGUUGCUUUGAGAAACUAAUAGAUUUGGACUUCUAAAAUAUGAAAUCAAGGAAAGAUUGUCUUUAUUUGUAUAAAUUAAAAGAGCCAUGUUAAACAUUUUCAAAUAUUUAUUAAUCAAACAGAUACAUGUGUUUAUAGUGUUAAACCCAAAACCGAUAACAGGUGCUCAUUUUUCCAUUAAACACACACACACAGUGGAAGCUUAGCUAGCCUGCCAUUGGUUGUCCAUUUAGAAUGAUGUGUGAUGAAAUAAAUAUGUGUAAAUCUU